UUUCGUAGGUUCUUUCUCCUCUUCAAUUAAUUCAUUCAAUCUCAAGCAAAACAAGAAAAAAAAAAAACAUUUGGGUUGUUAUUAGAAUUAGAACAAAUUUUGGAUCUGUUUGGGCGGCGACGAUGGAGAACAACGGCAGCCUUUUAUCAAGGGAGAAGAUCGAUCAGAUGGCUACCUGGGUGGGGUCCACCGUCUCUUCCGCUUUCUUCUCUUCCUUGGAACGCUUUUCUUGUGUUAACGUCGCCACUUCUGACCCUGACAACGACGAGGACGACGACGAUUACUCCGUCACAACAACCACAACAACCGCCACCACCACCGCCGACAGCAACAAUCCUAAUCCUGACGUUCAGGUCAACGGUCAUAAUACAAACGACGUCACCAAUCUCCCCGUUUGAAAACGAUACGACGUCGUUUCUGCUGCUGUUGCGCUGAUCAAAAUGAUAAUUGAAUCAUGUUCUGGACUUUUAGUUCUUGUGAAAGCUGAUAGUGUACAUAGAGUCAACAGCUAGGAAAGGUUGUCAAGUGGCAUGCCUGUUACUUUUGGUUCUGGGGAAUUCUAGACGGGGGUAAUGAAUAUCUCCAUAAGCCAACAUGUUAUAUGUAUAGAGAAUAUAAUGUGAGAGUAAUUUGAGCUAAGCUGUGGUCUAUAUUUCCUUUUCGUUCUAGGUUUCAUCUUUCACUUCUACCUUCUUGUUUCUUUGCCCGUGCUUGUGUUUGUGGGUAAAACCACUGAUUCAUUCUCUAUAGCUACUAUUACAGAUGUAUUGGUUUUGUAUUAAAAAACUAUAAACUUACUGAAAGAAAAAAAGAAUCCUAGUAGAUCAA